CCCUAGUUCCCUCCCUGCGCAGAAUUAGGGUUUUUGCAGCAACAAACAACAAUGGCGCAGGCAAAAGAGCUCCAACAGGUUCAAUGUUUCGGUCGCAAGAAAACCGCAGUGGCCGUCACAUACUGCAAGCGCGGUCGCGGCUUGAUCAAGAUCAACGGUUGCCCCAUCGAGCUGAUCGAACCAGAAAUUCUCCGGUUCAAGGCCUUCGAACCCAUCCUUCUAUUGGGGAAGCACCGGUUCGCCGGCGUUGACAUGCGAAUCCGCGUGAAAGGCGGUGGCCACACCUCACAGAUUUACGCUAUUCGCCAAAGCAUUGCGAAGGCUCUCGUUGCGUUCUACCAGAAGUACGUUGAUGAACAGAGCAAGAAGGAGAUCAAGGACAUCCUCGUACGAUACGAUCGCACCUUGCUUGUUGCUGAUCCCAGGCGCUGCGAGCCCAAGAAGUUCGGUGGUCGUGGCGCUCGCGCUAGGUUUCAGAAGUCUUACCGUUGAGAUCAUUCAAGAUGAGGGAAUGGGUCAUGAAAACGAAAUUCGGGAGAGAAAGAAAUCGUUAUGAAAGCUGGAAGCGGAAGAGACUGUAUUUUGUAACAUUGAGUUCAGGACUAUAGUAACAUUGGCAAAUUCUAAUUAUUGUCUUAAAGAAUCACAAGUAAACAAAUAAAAAUGUUAUUAAUAUUUCUUUUUUACAAUUUUAAUGUAAUUUUUAAUAAAAUAGUUUUAAAUUCUUUACUCAAUUAGGUCCUCCAUGAAUUCACUACAUAACUAUCAAUCAUUUGAGGCUU